AUGUCUACCCAAACAACUCCUUCAUUGCCUCUUCGUUCCUCUAGGAGCAACAACAAAAAACAACCCUUCUCCAACAUUUUUACCUUCUUUGAUCAUUCAAGAUUAGAUGGAUGGCAAAAGAAGAGUAAAGUAUUUCACCACCCACAAAUAGCCAAUCUCCUUCCUCAAGGUGUGCAAACAGGUAUAACAACAGGAAGUAAAACAUCAAAAGAAAAGAAUUCUAUUCCAACUGGUAAUAACACAACAUCAUCAUCAGCAUCGGCUAUUAUUCAACAACAUAGUGUUUUAUCUGUUCUCUAUUCAAGUACAUCAGCUUUAGAUUCUCAAAGACUAGACAAAUCAAAUAUUACAUCUGUUGCAGCCAGUAAGAAUAUUUUGUUCUUUUCUGAUGAUCACGGAAACAUUCACACUAUUGAUACUCACAAAAAGGAACAUACUUGUUUUGUAGGAAUUUUCUCCAAGUCUCUUAAUUCUAUUAGAGUUGUUACACCAAAGAGUGGCACAGAAUAUAAAACAGAUGGAAAAUAUGCCAAUAGUAAUGAUGAACAAAAAGUUAAAAGUAAUUACCUUAUUGCUGUAGGAACAGACUAUAACCUCUCUUCUCUGACAAGAUCAGAAAAUGGUGAUGGUGAUAAAACCAGUAAUGAAGAGUUUGUAGUUAGUCAAUCCCUUCAAAAAGAAGCAAUUCUUCAAGAAGAAGUUAAAAUCAAAGUCUUUGAAUGGAAAGGUGCCUUUAAAAAUUCUGAUUUAUUGAGUAUUCCAAAAUCAGAAAUAAUUCUACCAAAAUAUGAUAAGGAGGAUAAGAUCAUUAAUUCUAUUGAUCAAUUCGAGGUUACUACUGAUUUGAAAUAUCUUGCAAUUCCACGAGGAAAAUAUGUCUACUUGUAUAAUGAUGUUGGAAAAAGAAAUACUACAAAUAAUCAAACUGGAGGUGUUGUUAGUUCAACUAAAUCUACAUCAUCUACAAGUUUUUUCAACUUUGGUUCUUCCAAUGAUAAGAGAGCACCAACAAUUCAAGCCUUACCUUCGAAUAGUUCUAUCAAUUCUCUUGGUUUCCUUUCAAAUCAAGAUAAACAAGGAAAUUGGGUAUUGUAUGCAACAGAUAAGAAUGAUGUUUACAGAUGGGAUUUGGCUCGUUCUUUGGGAAGUGGAUUUGUGAAAAUACCACUCUCAAGUUCAACUCUUGUUUCGUCUGCCAAUCAAAAUAAUACUAAUCAAGAUGGUACUGUUGUAAAUUUUGUUGGUAAUUCUGAUCCAAUUGAAUACGGUUGCACUUGUACUUCAACACCUUUCUUUGCUUCAUCAUUUUUAGAACAUCAAGAUGCCAAGUACAAUUCACACAGUAGAGGAUUGCAUAACCAAAAUAUGCUCUAUGAUACAACUAUUGGCAAGUAUCACUCUGCCUUUAUUGUACUCAAGGGUGACGAAAUUCAUGCCUUCAAAUACAACCAUAAUCCAAAUGUACCAAUUACCUCCAAUUCUGACAAUGCAGCAAACACCAAUGACAAGAUUGUAAAACUCCCUCCAUCCCAUGCAUCUCACCACAACCAAAGUAUUGUACGUCGUAAAUUAUUUUGGUAUCAAAAUUAUUUAGGUAUGGCUCGUGUAGAGAAUAAUACACCUUCAAGCGUAUAUGGUUCUGUUAACAGUAAGAAAGGAAAUGUUGUUCUCAAUAUGUAUGAUCUCAAUAAUACAUACAUUACUUAUGAUUUCAGAACUCAAAAUCUCCACAUGGCUAACAAUAUGUCAACUCAAAACGGUUCAGCUCCUCAAGGUAAUAAUGCUGUUUCUACAAUUGAAAGAAAUAGGAAAUAUCAAUUUAUUGACAUUGUUCCAGUUUUUCAACAAGGAGUAGAUACAGGAACAAUAUUUUUAAUUGUCAAGAGAGAAGGUCCAAUGGGAAAGGAGGCAGGUAGUGAAAAUUUCAUUUACCAACUCAAAGAAAAGCCACCUCAAAGCAAAUUAGAACUUCUCAUCAAAAAAUACCAAUAUCGUUAUGCAAUUGAAUUGGCUAAAACCAUUCAACAAUUGGAUUAUGAUGCUUUCAACUCUGAAACUCGUCGUAAAUAUGGUGAUUAUUUAUUCUCUCAGGGAAGAUAUCAACAAGCUGUUCGUCAGUACAUGCAAACAAUACCUCUCGUUGAACCAUCCUAUGUCAUUAGAAAGUUCCUUGAUUCUCAGAAAAAUGCAUUCCUCAUCCAAUAUCUUUUAAAACUUCACUUGGAACGUAAAAACAAUAGAGAUCACACUACUUUAUUGUUGAACUGUUUCAUGAGAUUAGACGAUCAUAGUGAAGAACAAAUUCAACUCAUGACAAAUCCUUCUGGUAUUGGAGCCAAUCUUGCUUCUAGGGAUAGUAAGGAUAUUAUGGGUAUGGAUAUGUUAAUGGAUGACGAUGAUGACGCACAAGAUGAUACUGGAAUGGAAGAAGAGGAAGUAGAAGCUCAAUUAAUGGCUAAAUUUAUGGAACUUGUUGAUGGAAGAGACAAAUCAAAGAUAUUUGAAGAAUUUAUUCAUCCAAAGAAUGCAAAACUCUUGAAUUAUGAUGUUGAGACAGCAAUCAAAGUUUUGAGAGAAAAUGGUUUUAGAGAUGAAGCAUUAAAACUUGCCGAAAGUACAGCUCCACUUUUCAACAAUAAUCCAGAAAAGCAAAGAAUUCUUAACGACUGGAUCAUACGUAUCUAUAUUGAAGAUUUUGGUAAAUGGAAUGAAAAUCCAAAAAUGCCAGAAUACAAACUCAACUUUAAAAAGGCUCUUCGUCACAUAGAAUCUCUAAGCCUUGAUCAAAGCAAAGAGUUCAUGAGAAGAUAUGGUAAAAAACUGGUUGCAAACCUCCCUGAAAGAUCUACUAAUUUAUUAAUUAGAAUGUGUAUUAAUUAUAGACCAAUUCCUGCUAAAAAGCAAGUGAAUGGAUUGAUUCCACAAAUGACAGAAGUUGCAGACAAUAUUGAUGACAAGAGAAGAAUUUUCUUGACACAAUCAGCUUGUGACGAAUUACAUUUAACUGAUAAUGAUCUUUUGUCUGUUGCUGUAAAUAGAAUGAAUGAUGCCUCGACAUUUGAUCAAGCACCUGAGGAUUAUAUUUUCUGCUAUGCUGCUGAUAAAGACCACAAUCAAAACCAAUAUUGGUUAAUGGUUUUCCUUGAAGUUGUCACCAGUUACCACAAGGAUAGUCUUCAUUUUAACAUGGAUAAGGUUGUGUAUAAUACCCUUCUAGAGUUGUAUCUUCAAUUUUGGUCAAAAGAAAAUUCUGUGAAUACAACUUCAAAGGUAAUUAAUAAUGAGGAAAAUGCUGAUGAAGGAUUCAGUAUUACAAAUGGACAAUAUUAUGAUUAUAAGGGAGAAGGUUUAGGUGUUAAUAGUCCUACCGAAAAUAUUUAUAUACCUCGUGUAGAUGAAAGUAACGACUUUUACAAAGUCUAUCCAGUUCACUCAACUGAUAUUAGUACAUCUUAUAGAGGAAAAAUAAUGGACAUUUUACAACAAAGAUCAUAUGGUGAUGAUUCAAAACCAAAAUAUGAUCGUGAACAUGCCCUAGUUUUGGUUCAAUCCUCUAAAUUUAGAGAAGGUAUUCUCUAUCUGUAUCAAGUUUUGGGAUUACAUUACGAUAUUAUUCAAUACCAUAUGGAUAAAGAUGGUGUGGAUCCAGAUAGAAAAUUCCAAGAUAUUUUAUCAAGAUGUAGAGAAAAGGAGUGUAGAGAUGAUAGAAAUGUUUGGAUACAAGCUUUGUCUUUCUAUGCUAAGGGUCCUGGAAGUGAGGAACCAAAUGCUGAAAAGUAUCUUACAUCUCUACUAGAUGAAAUUAAGGAUAACGACGUAAUUCCUCCACUCAUGGUUGUUGACAUUCUUUGUCAAAAUGGUAAAAUCAAACUCUCCACUAUCAAGCAAUAUCUCCAAAUCAAACUUAAAUCUGAACAAGAAAGUAUCAAAGAUCAAACAACAACCAUCAAGGAAUUACAAAAAGAAACUCAAAAACUCAGUUAUGAAGUUGAAGAAUUGAGAACAAGUGCUAAAAUUUUCCAACUUACUCAAUGCUCUUUCUGUAAUUCUCAACUUGAUUUACCAGCUGUUCACUUUAUGUGUAUGCACAGUUAUCACCAACGUUGUUUGGAGAAGGAUGAAUGUCCAAAAUGUGCAGAAAAGAACAAGUCUCACCUCAAUGAAAUGGAAGUUCUCAAACGUGCCAAAGAAUCAGGAGGAAGAUACAAUCCUGGCUCUUUAAGUAAGCAAGAACAACGUGAUAACUUCUUCAAGAGACUCGCUACUAAUGGUUUUAGUGUUGUAGCAAGAGAGUUUGGUAUGGGAACUAUUGGCUCCAGUAUUGCCGGACACGAAUUGAAUCCUUACGAUGAUUAUGAUGACAAAUUGUAAACAAAAACCCUAACUGUCCAUAAAAUCGUCACACAAAUUAUCAU